CUCAACAGGGAAAAAAUUCAUUACAACAAAAUAAAGUCUACAUUCUAGAACCAUGGUAAGAAUAUUUAUUUACGUGUUCAGUGACUCAUAUUUGAUUAGGCCAAGAAAUAAAACUGGUCAAGAAUUGUGUCAAGAGGGCCACGACUCUUGUUUUAUUUUUUCCAUUCAGUGGAGCUGAUUUGGGGAAGAGGUUGAAAUAUGCCAAUGUAAAGUAUUGUCUAAAAAGACCAAAAACACCUCAAAUGUUUCCUAUAUUUCCAUGAGUUGUCCCUCUGCAAAAUAAUGGCCGCCAUUAGAAGAGGUUAAGAUGUCACCCCCAUCGCCUUCAAUUUCAUCCACGCCCGUCUCCUCCGCACUGCCGCUGCUCACCGUCGUCCUCAGUUCUGUUCGACUCAUCUCCUCUCCCUCUUCUAUUUGGUCUCUCUCUCAUCUCCUGCAUCAUCGCUCGCCGCAACUGGUCUCGCCUCCGCUCCGUCGUCAGUCUCUCACUCCCUUCCGUCUCGAUCUCACUCUCCGCAAAUUGGAUGAAACUUGUUGCUGCUUCAAUUAAUAUGCUGCGCUGGCAGAAAUUGGAAGUGAAGACUGAACUUUCUGGUCUUUGAUUUUGGGGAAAUGAAAACGAUGGGGUAAAAUCGUAAUCUUAUCUUCAAUUCUUGGUGUCAGCCGCACUCCCAGAUUCAUAAACCACCUAUUGCGCAAGAAAGGAAUUUUGCAUAUUUCUGAUGAACAGUGGCGGGCCCUUACUCAUUUCAAGGGCUCACAUGAAUUAUAUAUUGUAAACCGAACGCAUGUAAAUGGACAGAAUUGGAGUCAUUUAUUGGCAUUUCUGACGGAGUGAACCCGUCCUUUUAAGAGUAUUAAAAAAAGGUACUGUAUCUUGUCAAACAGAGUCGAGUGACACGCAAACCGAGGUUUCCUGUCUCUCUCUCCUUCACUAUCUGUCGUCUCAGGUAGUAAUAACGUUGCCUUGCCUCCACCGGAAAAGUUCCAGAGCCACCACCUCCCCCCCUCUCUCAACUCCCCUCCGCCCUUCACCUCCUCCCACUUCUCUUCGCUCUUCAUGCCCAUCGCUCCCCCACCUAAUCCUAAAGCAAUUAAAUGCCCCCAGAUCAGCACAACUCACCUUAAUUUCCUUCCUUAAUUUGCCCCCUUCACCUUCAAUUUUAUGCUAAUCAUUAUUGGAGUAUUUACCAGUUCUAUAGAAAAGCCUCACUCAUCAUCAUCAUCGACUUUCCCUCAGUUCAAACUUAGAGAGAGAGAGAGAGAGAAUGACUCUGCCGUCUCUGCGCAACAUGUUAAGAUCUCCACAUCGAAAAUGGUGGAACACAUACUUCUUGAUAAUCUCACUCCUCUUCAUCACAUCCUCCACCAUUUCAUCCCUCCGCCCUCAAAUCCCCCCACUCAUUCCGCCGCCCAACAACACUCCUGACUACUCACCCCCAACACUCACCACUCCUUACCACAAUUGGGAAAUCUUCAACGCUGAUUACCAACAGAUGCUAAACAAACUAAAGAUCUAUGUCUAUCCCGAUGCCUUUUCAAGCAACAAAUCUAAUUCUUCCCCCACCGCCGCCGUAUUCCUCCCCAACCCCGACCCCUUCAACCCCAAAACCGGCAACUACUACAGCGAGCACGCGUUCAAGCUCGCCCUGCUGCGGAGCUCCCUCGUCACGGAUCAUCCCGGCGAGGCGGACUUCUUCUUCAUGCCGUUCUCCGUCAACGUGAUGCGGUAUCACCCCCUCGUCCGCUCGGAGUCGGCCAUCUCCGACUUCGUGGCGAGCUACGUGUCCAGAAUCAGCUCGGAUUCUGGGCACGGGAACGCCUCCGGAGGCACGGACCACUUUUCGUGCUGCCACUCAGUCGGCCGUGAUGCCGCAUCCAAGCACUGGGAACUCCACAACAAUGCCAUUCAGAUUACUUGUUCAUCUAGCUACUUUCAGAGGCUAUACACACCCCACAAAGAUGUAGCAUUGCCUCAAGUCUGGCCUCGGCCUGAUAUCGAAGCUCCCGACCUUCCUCAUCGGAGGACUGAGCUCGUCUUCUUCGCGGGUAGAGCUCAGAACUCUGCCGCUCGGCUAGAGGUGCUGCGCCUCUGGGGGAACGACUCCUCGUUCCGUAUAUUUGCGGGGCAUUCAUCGAUGCCGUAUGAGGAAGGUUUCAGGAGAAGCAGAUACUGCCUCCACAUCAAAGGGUACGAGGUGAACACAGCCAGAGUUGUGGAUGCUAUCCACUACGGCUGUGUACCUGUUCUCAUAUCUAACUACUAUGAUCUCCCAUUUGCUAAUAUUCUGGAUUGGACCAAGUUCUCGAUCAUACUCAACCAACACGACAUUCCUCAGUUGAAAAACAUCAUAACAUCAGUGCCAGAGGAGACGUACCUCGACCUCUAUCGCAACUUGUGUGUGGUUAGGAAGCACUUCAGGUGGUCUGCUGUGCCUCAAAGUUACGACACAUUCCAUAUGACUGCGUACCAGCUCUGGCUGAGACGAGGCUUGCACCGUGUCACUUCAUCAAUUCUCUGUGUAAGAACCAUGUAAAUUACUUGAUAUAGUCAUGAUCUUGUUGAUUUUACAGUGUAUAGACAGUAACAGAAAUGUAAUAACAACACAUGAAAAAGAUGAAAAUACUUCAUACAUAAA